CCUACGCCCUCUAACGCACGAGUAUCUGUACCUGGAGAGUGCAUCCCUUUCCCAUCCAACUUGAAGUUCAACCUCCAAACGGGCCUCCCUGCCUAUCUUUCGGACAAGUUGAGUCACGUUCUGCCUGAAAAUAAUCUUUCUCCGAACCUCCUCCUAGUGUCUCCUUCAGUUCUCUCACCACUAUGAAAGCUGCUUUCGCCCUCGCUGUGGCAUCCAAACAUCCGUCUUACUUUUCUUUUCCCCAUCAGUAUCACUCACGUUCUCACCAAAAUGACCACCCGAACCUUCUCGCAAUCGUCCUUGGCGCGAAUCGCGUACAAUCCUCCUGCUAAGCGGGGACCUGGUUUCCGGACCGUCUCGGUUGCUUCCUACUCCAGUUCAUCAACUUCUUCCGACGAAACUGUCGAGGUUCCCGAUGACUUCAAUAGUAAGGAGCUUCUCCUUUUUGCCGGCUUUGACGACCAUGUUGCCGAGAUGAUCUGGCAGUCCUGGAAUAACCGCACCAGCGAAGAACGACCCGACUAUGUUGUCCAGGCUGCUCGUCAUUACAUCAGAGCCAUGGCAGAGAAGCAGGAUGCUAUCGACGGUGAUGAUGAUUGGCAUACGGCACUCCGCGGCAUGGGAAUCUCCAACGACAUGCGACAAAGAAUCAUGAACCCCGAGUUCACUGACAUCCGUCUGACCGGAAGCGCAUCGUACUGGGCACUCGACAUCCUUCAGGAAGCUUUCGAUUUCCUUUCAUCUCUCAGCGAUCGUAUCGACAAGAAGCAUGGGUCAGACAACAUUAAUCGCUCCAACACCCCUGAUGAAAGCAAUCAGCCGCGGCCGGCGAUUCGUGGCGGACGUCGGGCGCGUACAGGCACAUCUUCAGCCAGCAACGAUACUCCCACUCCUCCCAUCGACAUUUCAUUGCCCCCCAAGCACAUCGACGGACGUACCAUGCUUUUCAAAGGCGGAUCUGAGUCACGUCUCUCUGAAGCUAUUGAUGAGAACCAUGGUCUCUUGAUUGGUAAACUUUACUCUACGGCCCCGACGGACUUCCAUCCUUCCAGCAACGAGCUCAUCUACCUCACCAAACACCAUGAUGUCGCUCUUCUCUACGCAAGGUACAAGGCCGAAUGCCUUCCACCUGUCCAGGCAGCCGUUCUCCACAUUGCGAUUCCCAACCAGCUCAUUGGCGACGGCAGAGAGAUCCAUGGUGAUCAUUGGCGAGACCUUAUCUGGAACUCCCGCAAUAAGAAACUUCAUGCACGCGGCAUCAGACUACCCGGCCAUCUCAAUCAAUACCUUGGUGUCGACGUUUUGGUUAGCAACCUUUGCUCGGACUCCACGGAAAAGAUCACAAGGAGAAUGGAGAACAAAUCGGAGCUCACUGUCUCCAAGCUUCCAAACGGCGGGAAGGCGUCGCAGCACGUCAUCCAAACUCUUUCUCGACAAACGGAGAUCGCGAACCAAACGGUCGGAUACGUGUGGAUUUCUCUCUACACUCCGGUUAACGCUUCUGGAAGCAAGUAA